UGCGUCACGGCGCUCCGGUAGCGGCGGCGGCGGCGGAGCAUGAGCAAGGCGUGGCGCCGCGCGGAGGGCCUGGGCGGCAGGAUGGAGGGCGCCCGGCGGGGCGAGGAGGAGGACUCGAGCGGGCACGGGGCCCACAAGAAGAAGCACAAGAAGCACAAGAAGAAGCACAAGAAGAGGCACCACCGGGAGGAGGCCGGCCUGCCCCCCGCCGACCCGGCGGCCGCGCUCCCCAAGCCGCAGCUGAAGCUCAAAAUCAAGCUGGGCGGGCAGAUCCUGGGCACGAAGAGCGUCCCUACUUUUACAGUGAUCCCCGAGAGGCCGCGGUCCCCCUCCCCACUGAUGGUGGGAGAUGACGAAGAGGAGCCCAUGGAAGGCGUGCCCAUUGAGCAGUACCGCGCGUGGCUCGAUGAAGACAGUAACCUGGAGCCUUCCCCCUUGCCGGAGCUUGACCCGGAAAUGGGCUUCCCUGCACGGGAGGAAGAGGAGGAGCAGCGAUGGCUGGAUGCCCUGGAGCGGGGGGAGCUGGAUGACAACGGGGAGCUGAAGAAAGAGGUGGACGAGUCCCUGCUCACCGCCCGGCAGAAAGCCCUACUGCACAAGCAACAGAGCCAGCCAUUGCUGGAGCUACCAAUGGGGUACAAAGCCAAGGCACUGACAGAGGAGAUGCUGGUGAAGCGAGAAGAGCGGGCUCGUAAGCGGCGGCUCCAGGCUGCCAAAAAGGCCGAGGAGAACAAGAACCAGACCAUCGAACGCCUCACCAAGACCAGCAAGGCCAAAGUGAAGACACUGCGGGAGCGCAAGGCCAAAGGCGCAGCCGUCCCCACGGUGUGCUACCGCAGUGCUGCCCACAGGAUCACCAUCUCCUUCCCUCCCGGGGCCGCCCUGCCCAUCUCGCCUUCCCCCCCUGCAGUUGUGCCUCCGACCAUCCCCUGUGGGGUUCUUGGCUGCACCAACCUCAGGCGGUACUCCUGUUCCCGCACUGGGGUCCCCCUUUGCAGCCUGGACUGUUACAAAAAGAACUUGCUCCUCCAGGAGAUGCCAGCGUAGCCCCAUCACCCUUUGGCGGAGGAGGAUGGUGGUGCCUGGCAGGUGCCCAGGAGGGCCUCUGGUCUGGAAGAGGGGUGCCCGCGCUUUGGCUUGGCCAGCCCUGUUCCAAGGUGCCCAUGGGCAGGGAGGCAGCGAGCGGAGGUACAGACAUCCAAACCCCACUGAGGCUGAGCCUUUGAUGGCCUUGGGACUUCUAGGGCAGCAGCUGGUUCAGCAACCAGCCUGUACCUUGCUGUGCACAGGCAGGAGCCCCUGGGGGCAGCUCGCCUUGCUGCAGCGACUUUGGGAAUGUGCCAGAAGUUACAACAGGGAGGAGAGGACAGGGCCCUGGCAUUUGCAUGGGCUGGGGAAAAGGCAGCAGCAGUGGCAGGCAUUUUAACUUGCCUUUUUGGAGGCUGCAUCUUCCGAAGACAGACUGAAGUGGGAGCUGCCCUGUUCUUUCCUAUUUGCACAGACUGCGGGAAAAGGUGACCAAUGGCUUGUGGCUCUGCGCUAAGUCAGCAGCCUGCAGGAAAGUGAUCUGUUGUCAACAUUAAAGAUACCCUGAA